GGAAGAGAGAAAGGGAGAGCAGGUGGAGUUGCUCAGAUCACUUGGAGAAGAAGCAGACACCGUAUAGAAAUUGUCGCUGCAAAGUGCAGACACUCCUAAACCCAACAAACCUUCAUUUUUCUGAUCUUAAAACUCGUGUCUCUGCGAAAGAUUUGGUCCUUCUAUAUAUAUAUACAAAUAAGCUAAGAAAGAACAUGAUGUACUCAUGUGUAGCCGUUUUGUGAGGGGCGGCUUUGCUGGAUAGCUCGAAGCUCCGAGAUCUCAUGUUCAAUACGAUUAAAACUUAAAGGGAGGAGUAAAGAGCAUAAUUAAUCAGCGUCUCUUUGCUCGCAAACGCUGGGCUACUGCUUGUAUGACCAUUAUAAACACGACCUUCCUUAUGCUUAAGCUAAACCCUAUCUUGUACGCUCCAAAGCGCAGGUGCAUUUAAUUGCCAUCAUCAUCACCUAGCUACUAGCUGCAAUCUGAUCUCCAUGACAAAGAUGGUGACCACGGAGUCCGAGAUGAUCUCCGAAGGCCAGGUCGAGUCGUCACUAUUAGCAGAUCAACAGCCCAAGAUCAAUCCUUUCUCGUCGCUCGGAAGACAAUCCUCAAUAUACUCCCUCACUCUCGACGAGUUCCAGCACACGCUCUGCGAGAGCGGCAAGAAUUUCGGGUCCAUGAACAUGGAUGAGUUCCUCACCAGUAUUUGGACUGCCGAAGAAAACCAAGCUGUCAACACCACCGCCACCGCCACCACCACCACCAAUGUUAUCGCCGCUAAUAAUAUGAGCAGCCACACCCACCUGUCUCUAAGCGAAGCGCAUACUGAGAGGGGAAUAGCAAAGCAGCCAAGCUUGCCACGACAAGGUUCGCUCACGCUCCCGGCACCUCUCUGUAGGAAAACGGUGGACGAAGUCUGGUCUGAAAUCCACAAAGGACAGCAUCAGAGUAAUAGUACUAGCCAUAAAAAUGGUGAUAACAUUCAGAAUCCCGAGUGUGGAGCUCGCCAGCCGACUUUCGGAGAGAUGACCUUGGAGGAUUUUCUGAUAAAAGCAGGGGUGGUGAGGGAACCGAGUGCAAUGCCAGUAUCUCAACCCCAACAUCAGCAGCAGUACGGGGUAUACCAGAAUAAAAAUUCCACAGCGGGUCCUAGUUUCGCAACUAGGCCUACAACAGGAUUUGGUGGCGCUGGUGGUGCGACUACUGUUCCAACUCACCAAACAAUGCCACAGGGUGCUGGUGGGGCUAUUGGAGAGUCGUCGGGGUAUGCUGGAAAUGGCAAGAGGAGUGGGGGAUACCCACCCGGGCCGCCGGCGCAUGUUUGUUAUGGUGGAAGGGUAGUGAAUGGUGCCGGUGGAUAUGGGGCGGCGCCAGCAAUGGGAGUGGUGGCACCGGUUAGUCCUGUUUCUUCUGAUGGGUUGUGCACAACUCAGGUUGAUAACUCGGGCAAUCAAUUUGGACUGGACAUGGGGGGACUAAGGGGAAGGAAGAGGAUCAUAGAUGGUCCCGUGGAGAAGGUGGUGGAGAGGAGACAAAGGAGGAUGAUCAAGAAUAGAGAGUCCGCGGCCAGAUCUAGAGCCAGGAAACAGGCAUACACAGUUGAACUAGAAGCAGAACUGAACCAAUUAAGAGAAGAGAACACAAACCUUAAACAGGCUCUGGCAGAAAUUGAGAGGAAAAGAAACCAACAGUAUUCUGAAGAGAUGAAAACGAAAGUUCAAACCAAGGCUCAAAAAGCUAAAGAGAAAUUGAGGGUGUUGAAAAGGAACCAAAGUUGCCCAUUGUGAUGUAAGGAUCAGUACUUGAUCAAUGUGUAUUGAGGAAUGAAACCUGAAAAGGUCAAACCAAAGCAAGAUCAAAAGCUAAAUGGAUGAAGGUGAUCAUGAGAAGAAUUCGAUUUCCCCAUUGUGAAGCAACUAAAUCAUAAUUGUAUUAUGCGUGCGAUGCAUUACAUAGGAUUAGCUUCUUGAGACUAAUAUAUUAAAUUAUUAAUCACUACCUAGUCAAUGUAUCAAAAGCUAGCAGCACUUGGUUCCGUACGUGGCCUUUACAUGUUUAUAUAUACAUACUCCUUUCUUCA